CGGAGAGGCCGCGGGAGCCCGCUGGCGGUGGAGCGGAGGUUACCAGGCGCGUAUAACAAAGAGGAUCGCCUGACCAAGCCGAGAUGCAGAGCACGUCUAAUCAUCUGUGGCUUUUAUCUGAUAUUUUAGGCCAAGGAGCUACUGCAAAUGUCUUUCGUGGAAGACAUAAGAAAACUGGUGACUUAUUUGCUAUCAAAGUAUUUAAUAACAUAAGCUUCCUUCGUCCAGUAGAUGUUCAAAUGAGAGAAUUUGAAGUGUUAAAAAAGCUCAAUCACAAAAAUAUUGUCAAAUUAUUUGCUAUUGAAGAGGAGACAACAACAAGACAUAAAGUACUUAUUAUGGAAUUUUGUCCAUGCGGGAGUUUAUACACUGUUUUAGAAGAGCCAUCUAAUGCCUAUGGACUACCAGAGUCUGAAUUUUUAAUUGUUUUGCGAGAUGUGGUGGGUGGAAUGAAUCAUCUCCGAGAGAACGGCAUAGUGCACCGUGAUAUCAAGCCGGGAAAUAUCAUGCGUGUUAUAGGGGAAGAUGGACAGUCUGUGUACAAACUCACCGAUUUUGGUGCAGCUAGAGAACUGGAAGAUGAUGAGCAGUUUGUUUCUUUGUAUGGCACAGAAGAAUAUUUGCAUCCUGAUAUGUAUGAGAGAGCAGUGCUAAGAAAAGAUCAUCAGAAGAAAUAUGGAGCAACAGUUGAUCUUUGGAGCAUUGGGGUAACUUUUUACCAUGCAGCUACUGGAUCACUACCAUUUAGACCAUUUGAAGGGCCACGUAGGAAUAAGGAAGUGAUGUAUAAAAUAAUUACUGGAAAGCCUUCUGGUGCAAUAUCUGGAGUACAAAAAGCAGAAAAUGGACCAAUUGACUGGAGUGGAGACAUGCCUGUUUCUUGUAGUCUUUCCCGGGGUCUUCAAGUUCUACUUACCCCUGUUCUUGCAAACAUCCUUGAGGCUGAUCAGGAAAAGUGUUGGGGUUUUGACCAGUUUUUUGCAGAAACUAGCGAUAUACUUCACCGAACGAUAAUUCAUGUUUUUUCGCUACAACAGAUGACAGCUCAUAAGAUUUAUAUUCAUAGUUAUAAUACUGCUACUGUAUUUCAUGAACUGGUGUAUAAACAAACCAAAAUUAUUUCUGCAAAUCAGGAACUUAUAUAUGAAGGACGACGCUUAGUUCUAGAACCUGGAAGACUAGUACAGCAUUUCCCUAAAACUACUGAGGAAAAUCCUAUCUUUGUACUGAGCCGGGAACCUCUGAGUACCAUAGGAUUGAUAUAUGAAAAAAUUUCCCUCCCUAAAGUACAUCCACGUUAUGAUUUAGAUGGAGAUGCUAGCAUGGCUAAGGCAAUAACGGGAAUUGUGUGUUAUGCCUGUAGAAUUGCCAGUACCUUGCUACUUUAUCAGGAAUUAAUGCGAAAGGGAAUACGAUGGUUGAUAGAAUUAGUUAAAGAUGAUUAUAAUGAAACUGUUCACAAAAAGACAGAAGUUGUGAUCACAUUGGAAUUCUGCCUCAGAAACAUUCAAAAAACUGUGAAAGUAUAUGAAAAGUUGAUGAAAACCAAUCUAGAAGCAGCAGACUUAGAUGAAAUUUCGGACAUACAUACCAAAUUGGUGAGACUUUCCAGUUCUCGGGGAACAAUAGAAACCAGUCUUCAGGAUAUCGAAAGCAAAUUAUCUCCAGGUGGAUUGGUGUCAGAUACAUGGGCCCAUCAAGAAGGCAUUCAUCCAAAAGAUAGACAUGUAGAAAAGCUACAAGUCCUGUUAAAUUGCAUCACAGAGAUUUACUAUCAGUUCAAAAAAGACAAAGCAGAACGUAGACUAGCUUAUAAUGAAGAACAAAUCCACAAAUUUGACAAGCAGAAACUGUAUUACCAUGCAACAAAAGCUAUGACCCACUUCACAGAUGAAUGUGUUAAAAAGUACGAGACAUUUUUGGAUAAGUCAGAAGAAUGGAUGAGAAAGAUGCUUCAUCUUAGGAAACAGUUGUUAUCCCUAACUAAUCAGUGUUUUGAUAUUCAAGAGGAAGUAUCAAAGUAUCAAGACUAUACUAAUGAGUUACAAGAAACUUUGCCUCAGAAAAUGCUUGCAGCCUCCAGUGGAGUCAAACAUACCAUGGCCCCAAUUUAUCCAUGUUCUAACACAUUAGUAGAAAUGACCCUUGGCAUGAAGAAAUUAAAAGAAGAAAUGGAAGGGGUGGUUAAAGAACUUGCUGAAAAUAAUCAUAUUUUAGAAAGGGCACUUCCACACUGCAUCAUGUCACUUAAUGUGCUUUCUAUACAGUAGCAGAGCAGAUAGUCUCUUCAUGUUCUACAAACGUUGAAAUUCAUACCCUGAGAAGAUAAGCUGGAACUGCAACCCAGCCUCCUAUCUCCUCCUAAAAUAUUUCCCUCACUCUACCUAUCUGUAAGGCUUGGAAAGAUUUGCUGUCAGGAAAUCACAUGAUUUCUGAGCUAUGUGCAGAAGUUAUGAGACACUUCUAUAGCAUUAUUAAAAUUUUUAAUUAAUUUAAUGAAUUCUUUUAAAAUUUUCAAACAAUAAAUACAUAAUUGUAAAAAUUUGUAAAUAAAAUAUUCCACCUGCCCUUUCCCAUGCCACCACAUCCCCACAGAAGUAAUCACUAUGAAUAGUUUGUUGUAUAUGUGUGUUUUAUAAGAAUGGAAUCGUUCUGUUCACAUUGGUUUAGUCUUAUUUUUUUCACUUGAGGCUAUAAUGUCAAAGGUACUUUUUAGAGUCCAUACACAUAGCUCUGUUUUUCUCAUUUUCAACAGCUGUCUCAUUUUCCAGUGUAAGGGUCCAACAUAGCUACUUAAUACAUCCCUGUUUGUUGGGCAUUUAAGUUGUUUCUGAUUUUUCAUAAUUACAAACCAUGCUUUAGUGAACAUAGUUGUAUGUGUGUCUUCAUUUACUUGUAUAAGAAUUUUUGAGGGAUCAGUUUCCAGAUGUGGAGUUGUUGGGUCAAAAGGCAUGCACAUUUAAGUUUGCAUAGGUAUUGUUAAUUUGUUCUUUAAAGGUGUGUAUGUUGUAGUCCCAAACAAAGAGUAUGAUUUUGUUAACACUGAAUUUUACCAGUUUUUUUAAGUGUUUGUCAGUUUAGUGAAAACUUUCUUUCUUGUUUUAAUUCACUUUUUUUGGUUAAUGAUGUCAGGCAUCUUUUUAUAUGUUCAUUCAGUUUUUUUUCUGUGUCUUGCCUAUUAGGCUUUACAUUUCUUAUUGGUUUAUAGCAACUACAUAGUAAUUUAUCUUUUUAUAGUAUCCAAUUUAUAAUUUCUUCACAACUUUAGCUAAAUCCUAAAUUUAUCUUGUAAGGCUAAAAAUCUGCAAGUAGAGGAGACUAUUAAAAUAUACUUGAACAAACUUUUAUAUUGAAUCACUUAUCCCUUAUGGAAUAAAAUCCCCACUUCCUAAAACAUGCUCCAGUAAGUAAUUUCCUCCUGUGUUUUAUUUGUAGGUUUUUUUCAAAAUAUAUGGUGAUAUAACAUGGCAUAAUUAUAACCUAAAUGUUAAGUGACCACUUAAGGAUUUGUGUCAGAACUAGCAGCAGAAGUCAGGUCUUGUGCAGUCUCAAUGGGAUUGUCACUGUCACUUCAGAUUUCUUUCUGUCAAAAAUCACUUACUAUCAUCCUUUCCAAAUUAGUUUCCCCUCAAUUUUCUGAUCUUUUUCAGUGAGACAACCUUUUUCCUACUCCAUUGAACAUAAAUUAUUUUAGGCACUACUCCUCUUUACUCUCUUUCAUCAAGUUUGGUAAUCUUCCUUCAAAAUGGAAAUUUCCGUAUUUCAUCUCAUCAACCUCAUCCAGUUCUCCUUUCCCUUCACAUGUGAACUGUGGUUAUAGCACCACCUGUUUCCUUAACCCCAGGCACUUCUAUCUGUCAUGGGUAUUACAGCCGAAGUAAUUUUCCCAAAUACUGGUCUUACCAUGCCACUCCCUUGGCUCAAAAAUGUCUGAACUCCUGUUAUCUAAAAGGUCAAGUAUAAAUGCAUACUUGAAUUCAAAGAAUGUAAUAGUCCACCCCCAGCCUAUUCAUCCAACUUUAUUUCCCACUACUCUCCCAAAGUAAUAAUCUGUGCUCACUUCGGCAGCACAUAUACCAAAAUAACAGUCUGUUCUAGGAAGACUUCACUCCUCACUGUCCCUUCAGUAUGUCACACGUACUCUCAACUCCACAUCUUUGCUUAUAAAUCCCACCGCACCAAAAAGAAAUUAUCAGUUCUUCCUAAUGCUUCUGGAUUACAUCACUCCAUUUUCUCUUAAGAAGUCUUCCUAAGCCACUGAUUUGUAUUUUUUCACAUAUUUAUAAUAAUAAUGCUGUGUUUCAGUAAGAAAUAGAGCAACUCAUAGUUGCUUAAACUCUUUAAAAAUAACAUUUAUUCUUCUGAAAAGUAUUCUAUAGUCUACUUUAAAAUGUUAGGGGCCAGGUGCCUUGUUAGCGCAGUAGGUAGCGCGUCAGUCUCAUAAAAUGUUAGGGGCCAAAUAAAUCCAUCUUUUGAGAUUGC